AUGUAUAAUGGUCAUCCAAAUCUUGGUGCCUCCGCUAAUGUGGUCGUCCGUUUAUCACAAACAGUUAACACCUUUGUUAAUCAUAUAAUUUAUUUUGAUAAUUUUUAUACGACAGUUCCAUUGUUGGUGUACUUGCGAGCUAAAGGUAUUCACAGUUUAGGAACAUUACGUGUAAAUAGAAUACCUAACUGCAAACUACCGUCAGAUAAUAAAAUCAAAGACCGGCAAAGAGGGGUUUUAAUUGAAUAUGUUGGAUCGGUGUACAGUGUAGAAAUAAUUAAUGUAUUAUGGAAAGACAACAACGCCGUCCGUUUGCUGUCCACAUAUGUCGGAGUUAAGGCUUUUAUAAAAGAAAAUACCAACAAUCACAUUUCAAAAAUACCACGUUAUGACAGAAAAUCAAAACACUACAUUGAAAUCGAUUGUCCGCAAAUUAUUCGUGAGUACAACUGCCACAUGGGUGGUGUCGAUUUAAUGGAUGGCCUCAUGGGCCGGUACCGUAUUCGAGCAAAAACAAGAGAUGCUGCGACUCGAUUAUUUUAUCAUUUAGUUGAUAUGGCAGCAACGAACGGAUACCUUUUAUACAGACGAAUUCAAAGAUCUAAAAAUCCUGACAGUUUGAAAAACAAUAACCAUACAACGUUACAGUUACCAGAGUUUCGUGAAUCGGUCGCUGCUGGACUAGUUGCAUAUAAAGAAAAGCAAACACCCGGUCGUCCAUAUGGCAUAGUGUCUCAAUCGGUUUCUAAAUAUGUUACUCUUACAAAUAAUCAACAACCAAAUUCAUUAAGAAUUGGUAGUAAAACUAUUCAUCCAGUUGCAGAUAUACGCUAG